ACAGCUCGAGAGAGGAGGCUGCGACUCGAGCGCGACCCAGUCGAUCACUCAUGAAAUAUGAUAAAAACGGUCGCGCCAAAUACAUUAAACAAGCGGUGGACUUAAAACACAGGGGAAAUCUGUGUGUCACUAUCAAGAGAGACGUAAAUCUUACUUGAGCCACAAGCAAGCCAGCAUUUUGGUUUGGAGCUCAUACUCAGGAUGGCGAAGCUUCAGUCCAGUAAUGGAGUGCAGAGGAAGGACAGCAGGAGUCUGGCCGAGCAUGAGAGAUCCUCUCUGGACACAGACGCUGAGCUCAACGGCUUUGCCAACACUGAGAUCCAGACUGACAAAUAUGGAUUCAUAGGAGGAGCUCAGCAGAGCUCAGGAGAAAAUGAUGACAUUCCUCCAGAGGUGCUCCGACAGAGAGAAGCCAAGUGGCUGGAUAUGCUCAACAGUUGGGACAAGUGGAUGGCCAAAAAACACAAGAAGGUUAAGUUGCGUUGCCAGAAGGGCAUUCCUCCAUCACUCAGAGGUCGUGCUUGGCUUUAUCUUUCCGGUGGGAAAGUGAAGAAAGAACAGAAUCAGGGAAAAUUUCAGGAGUUGGAUAGUCAGCCUGGUGAUCCUAAAUGGCUGGAUGUGAUAGAGAAAGACCUCCACAGACAGUUUCCAUUCCAUGAGAUGUUUGUAGCUCGAGGAGGCCACGGGCAGCAGGAUCUUUUCCGGGUUCUGAAGGCCUACACACUGCGCAGGCCAGAGGAGGGGUACUGUCAGGCUCAGGCACCUAUAGCUGCUGUGCUGCUCAUGCACAUGCCUGCUGAGGAUGCAUUCUGGGGUCUGGUCCAGAUCUGUGAGAAGUAUCUGCCUGGAUACUACAGCGCAGGCCUGGAGGCCAUCCAGUUAGACGGUGAGAUCCUGUUUGCUCUGCUCAAGAGGGUGUCCCCUGUGGCCUACAGGCACUUGAAGAAGCAUAAGAUUGACCCUAUCCUCUACAUGACGGAAUGGUUCAUGUGUGCCUUCUCUAGAACGCUGCCCUGGGCCUCCGUCCUGCGCGUGUGGGACAUGUUCUUCUGCGAGGGAGUGAAGAUAAUCUUCCGUGUGGGUCUGGUGCUGCUGAAAUAUAUGCUGGGAUCUCAGGAGAAACUGAAGGCGUGUCAGGGCCAGUAUGAGACAAUGGAGCUGCUCAGAUCUAUUGAGCCACGAUACAUGCAGGAGCCUUUCUUAGUGCAAGAGAUCAUAGAAAUUCCCGUGUCUGAGCGAGACAUCGAGAAGGAGCACCUCUCACAACUCCGCCGCUGGAAGGAGACUCGUGGAGAGCUGCAUUGUAAAUCCCCAACCAGAUUGCACGGUGCCAAAGCCAUCAUGGCUGCCGAGCCACCCAGCCACCAGGACCUCAGACAAAGCCCCACAAUCCUCGUCAAACUGCCACAGGCCUCAGAUAGCCAGGCAGAGAAAGGGAACAAGACAAAGAAUAGCAAAGACCAGAAGAGAAAAGACACAAAGAACAUCUCGCCACCCCUUAAUCCAUACCCGUUACCGAGUGACAGCCUUUCACCCGAAUCACAGCACCUGCACAAAGACACACCCCUCCAGGGCUCCAAUCAGAGCCUCAGUAGUGCAGAGCAUGACACUUACCUAUAAAAUUCUGGAAAGGAAAUCGGUAACCAUGAAUGUACUUGUGCAGAAUGUUUACUGACGAUGUUUAGAAGAGAGUCCUGCCUCCCCACUCUCAGAGGUCACGACUUUGACUGGACCAAAAUACUUCUUGUGGGAACAAUCACAUAGGAAGAAAUAUUAGACAGGAGAAAAAUUUCCAUUUUAUUUACGCUCUGAAGUUUUCAAGUGUGUUUACAUGAAUGUUUGUGUCUGUCUUUGUUGGGAAAUGUAAUGAAGGAUGGAUUGCAAGCUCACUCUCAGAUCUCCAAAUGAAGAUUAUAUAAACUGUGCUGGAGGCAAAACAUUCACAUGGGACCCUCAAAAUGUGGUAAUCAGGAAGAAUUUGGUCAGCUCGAUCCAGUACAACAUCUGAACCAGUAACUAGACUUCCGGUUCCUGCUAGUACAAAACACAUACUGGGAUGCAAGUACCUCCGUAUUCAUUAGGAGACCAAGUUGUCUGACCUAAAGGAAUAGUUAGCCCAAAAUUAACAUUGUGUCAUCAUGUACUCAUCUAAUGUUGUUCUGUCGUUCUAUAUUCUUUUCUAAUUUAGAAAGUCUGUUUAACAUUUUAAUAUCAAUCCUUCAAUACAAUUGCAGUGCACCUUCUUGACCACUAAAGGGCUCUACUGAGCUGUUUUACACAGAAUUGGGAGCUGAAACAUAGGUCACCUUUUAUCACAGGACCAAAUAUUGCUGUCCCAUUUCUCAGAUUCAUGCUGUCUGACAUCAUUGGAAUCAGUCCACUUGAUUCAGAACGACACUACUCUUAUUUAUAUGGUUAUUGGGAGAAAUUAAACAUUUUCUAAAGGCCAAGUUUGCACCCUACAUCACAAUAAAUCCUGUGUGCAUUCCAUGUGUAUGUUAGAAUUAUUGUCGUGACCUGUGUUUUGUAUAUUUAAGAUCUAACAUGAUAUUCUGUGGACAUUUCUUAUGUAUAUGUAUGCUGGACAGCGAUAUGCAUGAUUCUAACAUCAUAUUUCCAUCUCAGUUUUCUAAAACUGAAUGGAUGCUGUAGGUAGGGCAAAAUCUUCUGACUUUUUUGGGGGGAGGAAUAUAUAUAUAUAUAUAUAUAUAUAUAUUUUAUUACUAUGUAUGUAAAUAGGAUAGCCAAGGCAAUUUGUACGCUAUACAUUUUUUAUGUUGCAAAGAGACAUUUUAUCACUGACUUGCUCUUGUAAAUACUGAUAUUAUGAUGAUAUAUAUAUAUUUAUGAAUAUAUAUGGGAGGAUUUGCUGUGUAUUCACUGAUUGAUGAGGUGUGUACAUUAUUCAUGCACAAUUGUACAAGUCUUUUCUCCCUUUCUUUUAGGGGAUUUUGGGAGGGCGAUAUAAUUUGGUAGGCUAGCAAUGCCGUCUACUUGGUUUUUCUAGCUCAGAUCAGAUGUUAACAUUUGACAUCAUCAUUCAGUUGGCCAAUAUUUUGUUAUAAGGAACGAUAAACGGGUCAUGAACUUGGUGUGCAUGCCUGUUGUUUUGCUGCACAGCUUCAUGCUCAGAAAUGUGUUACAGGUGUCAUUUUAGUAUUAGAAAUCUGGACUAAAAAUAUAAUUUAGUAUUUUUAAUAUAUUUUAAUAUAAUUUAAAACAAAUGCAUGAAUGUGAUAUUCAGUAGACAACAUGAUGUCAGUUAAAGUGGCAUUCAUUUUAAGGAAAGUUUUGAAAUGUAUACAUUUUUUAAGUGGCUCAAAUGUCCAAGUACUUUUUGGGGCCACUAUGUUGAAGCUGAGAGGGCUUCAAUGGUGUAAUAAAGCCAUAUUGCACUUUUAGUGAGUGAUGUAACCAUAUUAAUGAUUUGUUUUUUUGAUUCACUGAAAGGAAAGAGCUAGUUACAUUUCAGCACUGUUUGUGAGAAUGAAAGAUGCCAAACGUCUAUUAUUUUUAUCAGAAAAUAUAUUUUAAUAUGGGCACUGUGCAAAACAGUUGUUUAUUUGAUAAUAACUGAAGUCAUAUUAUUUUUAAAAUGUUAUCUUUUUUGUUUGUUUCCACACUUAAGCUAUAAAUAACUUCCUCCUGUAUGCAAGUAACAUUUUUCAGCAAAAAAAUGUUUUUCAUGAUUAAAUUUGAUAC